AUCAAAAUAUGGCCGGCUGUUACAACUCGGCCCCUCGUUCUUCAAAAACUUAAUUUAUAUGUACAAAUAUGAUGUUUCUUCUUAAAUUUGCCAAUGGCUAGUAUGGUCUUUAGUCCAGUAAUCGGCAACACUAUAGAAACUUAAAAAGAUGCAGUCCUCGGAUUUUUUCCCCGUGGUGAAAAGCCCGUUUAACUUACAAACCUUUCAGGUACAAUUAUAACUGAAAAUCUGACUGAUGACUGAAUUGUCAAUUCUAUGACAAAAAAUUAUAAAUACUACAAUUAAAUAAUAGUUAUAGGCAUCUCACUUUCACUAUCGACAAGUUCUGUUUGGGUAAAUGUGAAGAGAUAGCACCGCGUUUGCCGUGACCCGCGAAAUUAUAUUCUAAACCUAACCUGAACCCUUGUAAACUUAUCCCUAACCUGGGUUUUGACCCUGCCCUAUGGAAACCAGGGACAAAACAUGUAAAUGACAUCAGGGUGCUAUCUCUUCACAUUAGCCAUGUUGAGUAAUCAGACUAUUCUUUGUAUAAGUCUAUGAAUAUUAGUGAUCCUACAGUUACACCUAACACUAGUAGGGCCUACUUUGUUUGUUGGUGCAGUUUAAACUAAUUUUAAGUCUUGUCUUAAAAGUUACAAAUCUGGCUGUUCAGAUUGAUUGAAUAAUCAAUGGUUUGGACCACCGGCAUAUUAAGUGACCCUUAAAGCUUAAGUUGGCCCGAGCUUGUAUUAUUCCAUUAAUAAUUAGCAACCUAAGACCUAGACCUAGAAGUAGCUUAUAAUUAGUUUUUUAAACUUUAAUUAUUAUUGUUUUAGAGAAGGCUUCGUCACUUGCACAGCAUUGCGGUACGUAACAUGCACUGUCCAAGCAAUCAAGAUGUUGAUCUAAGUAAAUUGCAAGUCUAUUUUACAUUACACAAAGAUGAGAAGUCAAAAGGUAAAAUUAUACUAAAUUGAUACCAUUCUUUAUUCCUCCUUAUUUAGAUGUUUUAAUCUUUGAAUCAUGAAUGUUAUGAAUUUAUAAAUCAAUUAAUGCUUGUUACUGUUAAUAAUAAUAAUAUUUUUACUCCUUCCUAAUAUAAUAAUAAUAAUAAUAAGACGUCUUAUAUAGCGCGGUACCCCAGCCUAGGGCUGGGCUCACCGCGCUGUAAAUAAAAAAUUUAUCAAAAGAGACAUAAUCAUGACAUUAAAAUAAAAUACAUUUAUGAAAAAAAGAACAGCAAUGUAUAUUCACCCACCCCACCACAUAACUUUUACAAGACAAACCAUGGACGGCAGCCAGCAAGAUCAUUUAUCGGUCAGAGGAGGGGAAUCAGUCAGGGUAGUAUAAUUUAAAAAGAUAUGUUUUUAGUGCAGUUUUGAAGGCCUGGGUGGUUGGUAUAUUGCGUAUGUUUAGUGGCAAAGAAUUCCAUUGUUUGGGGGCGCAGAAAGAGAAAGAUAGUUCACCAUAUGUUUUAGUGUGUGUCUUGGGAACGGACAGAAUACGCGUGUCUGCAGAGGAGCGAAGCUGUCGAAGGGGUGAAUAGACAGAAAGAAGCUCGGUUAGAUAUGAAGGGCAGGAAUCCAAGAAAAAGUUGUGACAGAGAACAGACAACUUGUAGUCGAUGCGUGCCUGUAUAGGUAGCCAAUGAAGGGAAUGGAGUAGUGGAGUGACGUGAUCACCUUUUUUUGCCUUUUAAACUAGCCUAGCAGCUGAGUUUUGAACUUUCUGCAGUUUUUCUAUGCAGUGUUUUGGUGAACCUGAUAGAAGAGAGUUGCAAUAGUCAAGACGAGAGAGAACAAGAGCACAGACUAGAGUUUUGUAGCGCUAACUGUGAGGUAGUGGCGUAUGGAGCUGAUCUGACGGAUAGUGGUGUAUGCUGAACGACAAAUGUGAGAUAUGUGUUUAUCGAGAGACAUGUUAGAAAGACUAUAACCAAGAUUCCUAGCAGAGGGGGUAAACUGUACGUCAGAGUUUCCUACUUGAAAUGAGGUAGGAAGAGUUGAGGUAGAGGAUGAUGUGUUAUUGUGGAUGAGGAGUGCUUCCGUUUUGUCAUCAUUAAGCUUCAACUUGCUGAGUGUCAUCCAUGACUUGACAUCAUCAAUGCAUGACUUGACAUCAUCAAUGCACCCCCGCAAAGUCUGGACAGCGGAUCCAACAAGAGAAGGAUGGGUAUGCUUGUACAGCUGCGUGUCAUCUGCAAAUGACUGGCUCUCAACAGCAUGCCUCCCAAGCAAGAGGAGCAGUGGUCUGGUAUACAAUGUGAAUAGAAUCGGGCCUAAAACGGACCCCUGGGGUACUCCGUACACCAAAUCAGCACUGCCUGAGAGACAGCCAUCGACAGAGACCGCCUGCGUUCUAUCAGAGAGGUAGGACCUAAACCAAGCCAAAACUGAGCCAGAAAUUCCAAAGUAAUUUUCAAGGGUUUUGAAAAGGAUUACAUGGUCAACAGUGUCAAAGGCCGCACUGAGGUCUAAGAGGAUCAGGAUGGAGAUGUCACCACUGUCCAAUGUGAGCAAGAGGUCAUUGGUCACUCUCAAGAGAGCCGUCUCUGUGCUGUGGAAAUGUCUAUAGGCCGACUGAUUAGAACUGAGAAGAGAGUGGUCAAUUAAAUAAGCAAAAAGUUUUUGUUCUAAAACUUUUCAAUAACUUUAGAUAAAAAUGAUAGUUAGAUACAGGUCUAUAAUUUUUUUAAUUAUUUUCAUCCAGACCAGACUUCUUAAACAAUGGUUUGAUGACAGCUGAUUUACAAAGAGGGGGAACAGUGCCAGAAGACAAGCUUUCAUUUAUUAUGUGGGUUAUCGUUGGGAGCAAAUGAUCUAAUGACUCAAUCAACAGGGGGGUGGGGAUGGGAUCCAAAUAACAUGACGUAGGUUUAGAUUUUAAAACUAUACUUUUGACCUCAAGUUCUGAAACAGGUGGCUCAUUAACUGGGCAUAGGAGAUUUUUAUAAUUUUCUCCAGCUAUAUUGAAAGUCAAAUUGUUACCAUAUUAAUAUAUUAAUGGUUUAUAGUUUGCUCUGCAAUAUUCAAAUACAUUACCAAAAGCUUUAUAUAUUAACAAGUAUCUGUACUUACCACUUAUUAUUGUGUAUAUGAUGUGAUCCAGGAUUUUUAUAAAAUAAAUUGAAUGUGCAGAAUACACCAUAAUGAAUAAAGCAACAGGCCUGCAGUGUGCUAGUCUAAUAAAAUUAUAUAUUUUUAAAGAUCCACAUUUAAUGCGAACCCCUAACUUAAAGUUGUAUUUUUUUUCACAUUACAUGCUAUAAUAUAUGGCACCUUGAUUAUUUCUUUGAUUUGUUUUUUUCUUCUUGAAAUAAAAUAAAGUUUUACAAAUUUCGAUAAUUUUCAAUUCACAUGCUUCCUCCAUUGUUUUUUUAUACUGUAUUGCUUAAUUUAAUAUGACAGUGUAUUAUUUUAUGAGGUUGGCUUAUGAGCAGGUUAUACACUUUCCAGCCUUUACCCAUACAACUUUUGGGUCUGCUUAUGAAUGAAUGGGGUUUAAAACUGGGUAAAUAUUUGAAAAUAGAAUCUUUGGUCGUCUUCUUAUUUCAUCUAGCUAAUAUUUCUAAUAUUUUUCCUUACUUUCAGCAUUUUAUACAAGUGAAAAAGUAACUGGUUCGCUAGUAAGUAGCCAUAUUAUUUUGUAUACUUCCAAAAAAAUUAUUCUUUUUGCAUUGAUACAGGAAGGAUUGCACUGAUAGCAAAUAAAUUUAUUCACAUUUUAUCAAUUUAUGUUGAAUAUCUGCUGAUUUAUCAUUGCAAACCUAAUUACAUAUCUGUUUUUCUAUAAAGUCAAAUGCUUCGUGUGUGUAUGAAUGUAAUUAUUAUUUUUUAAAAAAUUUAAUUGACAUGUAGAUGACAUCUCUCAUUACUAUGCAUUGACACACUUUCCUACUCAUUAAUUAUUUUUUGCAAGUAUUUAGUAAAGAAUGUAUUUUAUUAGUUUGUGGCACACAAUAUUGGAUGGCAAGUCUGAUCGUUGAUGUGCAAUGAAUGCAGUUAGAUACAAACAAUAUUUUUUGUGGAAGUUUAGAAUGUUUGGUUUCCUUUCCUAUUCAAUUGCUUAAGAAUUCUCUAUCCCUUUUACUUUGCAGAAUCCUACUUGGCAGAGCUUUGAUUUGCAAAGAUGUGAUGCUGAUAUUGAUGGCACUGCAAAGUGUAUCCUAUUUCAGUUGUGCAAUAUCUUUAUAAUUUAUAAAUAAUAACAUGGGUUGUGUUGGUAAUGUCUGCCUAUAUUCAUAUUUUCAUAACUGAUAAGAGUUUAUAACUUGCAUUAUUUAAGAACUAAAUGUUAUAUUCUUCAUUUGAUUUUUUGUUGUGUAAAAAAAAAAUUGAAAUGGCUUUGUUUGUUUGGAAUUGUAAAUGUACCUCCGAAAUGAUAUGCUAUAUGCAAGGCCUUCUAACUGAUAUCUCUUACUGUGAUUACCCCCUUAACCAAUGUGUCCAGUUGUGGUGUUGCGGAUAUGGUUUGCAUAUGAUAAAACAUCUAAAGUGACAAUAUUGGCCCAUGUCUAUCUGACUGGUUUAGUCUUCUUUUCCAGCAAGGUAUAUUACAUUUUAUCUAUAGUACAUGAUUUGGGAAACUAUUUGGGAUCAGUGUUUUACAAAUUUAACUAAGUUAUUGUCUUUCAAAGAAUUUUUUUUUUUUAUUUUAUUAUUAUUUUGUUUGUUUUUUGUUAUUGCAUUUUUCUUUUAGAUAAAAAAGUUAAUAUUUUGUUAUUUUAUACUUAUUCCUUGGAGAAUAGCAGGGGCAUUAAAAAAAAAUGAGAGUGAGGUUUAAUAUGUUUCUUUCUGGGCGUGUUAAGUCACACACAUCAUUAGCAUAUUUGUAAUCAUUAGGAAAAAAUUUUUUUUUCCUUUUUUAAAACAGCAAAAGAAGCUUACAAAUUAUGUUCUUUUUAUUUUUUUACCUGUCAAAUUUAAUGCUUAUGUUUUUAAUAAAUACAUCCAAAUUUUAUAAACAUCUUUUUUUGACAUGCCCAACUUGGAUAUACAUUUUCAAAAUGCUAUGGUAAACUUAAAUCACUAAUAAAUUCAAUCUAUUCUUAAUAAUCUCAGCUCCAAGUCCCAGGAGUAAAAUAUCCUACUAACACGUUGCUUUUUGGUAUGUUCAACAACAUAUUCAUCCACUAUGAUUCAAAUUCCUCAACUGCUCAGUUGGACCAACAUGUAAGUCUAAAAGGAUUUUUUUUCCAAUACUUUUCCAUGGAAUCUUUAGAAUGACAUGUAGGCUAUGAAAUCCUACUAACAGCUUCAUGGAUGAAUUAAAUGUAUAUCAAAUAAAACCAUUUGCAUUAACUAACAGUUAACUGAGAAUGAAGUUGAUUUCUUGUCUCUUGAAAAUAUAGAUACAAGACAAAGUUGUUCCAUUUGACAAUUUGCCAGCUGUUGUGAAGGUGGAUCAGUCCAUGCUGAGGCCUUCCUAUAACAUCAGCUCCCUCUCCAGGUAUGGUAUGGACACUCUGUUCUUGUGAAUGAAAUGGAAUAGAGAUGAUGAUGCAGUUGUUCGUUGUUGUUGUUUUUUUUUUUUACUACAUACUGUCACUCAUUUUAAUUAAUUCUGAUUCAUUAUUAUUUUUUAAAAAAAAAUCAUUUCAGAAUUCAUACUGUACAAAGAGCCAUCAAACAAACUGAAGCAUCAGUGAAGCGCAUCCAUGCAGAUAUAGAGGACAAAUUGAUGUCAUCAAAUGAGAACUCAGAUAAGGUCAUUGAUCAUUUACAGAUCUAUUUUUCAUAUAAAAGUUUUAUAUUUAUAAAUUUUUACACUGUUUGUUUUCAGUGUCUAAAGCUUAGGUUCCAGAUAAAUAUAUGUUAUGCCAUGUGAAACUCGUGCAUUAAUUUGACACAUGAUUGAUUUCAGUUGUCCACCAGAGAGGUGCUACUUAUGAAAGUGAGACAACUCCGCAAGGAACUUCUCUGGCAAACACAACAGAAGCAGCUGGAGCAAGAAAAUUUAGAGAGAUACAGAGUUGAGCAGUCUGUUAGAUGUAAGAAUCAUGUUUGAAAUACAGAGUUGUGCAGCAUGUUAGAUUUAUGAUAUAUAUUUGUAAAGCAUGGGGUCUUGGGAGUCUCAGCAAGAAAAUUAUUACACAGAUACAAUAAUUUUAUCAGCUCAAAGUUGUUCUUUAUGUUGAAAGUCUUUAAGCUGCCAUGUUACUUAUUCUCCUAAGUGAAUGCUUUAAAAGAAAAGAGAACCCAGUUACUCAAACUGUUAAAAGACACAGAAGAAAAGAGGACCAUGCACAUACAAUCAAGGUAAUUAUUAUUUUUUUAAAUUGUAAGCUGUGCAGUUGGAACCGUUUCAUCCUAAAAUAAAUUCAUUUUUUUUGCUUAGAUGUUGUAUUCAAGUAAAAAAAUAUUAGUUUUUAUUAAAAAAAAAUGAAAACACCAAUCUGUGUGGUAAAAAAACUACAAAAAGUCCGCUAAAAUUUGUAAUAAAAAAAUAAUUUAACAUGAAUUUUUGUUUUCUCUUUAAUUUUAGGGAGAUGCUAGUCAAAGAAAAUGCUCAGGUGUUGUUUAGGAGGAAGCAAAUUAUCAGUGAAAUGGUUCAUUACAUUUACCCUAUUAAUGAGGUUUGCAUACAUUUUUUUUUUUCUACCAAAAGCUCAAUCUAAGCUUUUAUCAAUAGAUCACCUGAAGGAGAGGUGGAAAACUUUUUUUUUUCAAGAGUCAUAUUGACACUAUUGAACUGCAUUUGAAAAUAUAAAUUAACUAAAUCAAUAACUUGCUAUUUCUUACAUCUUAGCCAAAAAAUAAUAUUUAAUAAAACUACUCAAACUAUGCAUUUAAUUUUUAAAAAAACUUAAUGCUGGUUGGCUGUCUACCAUUGAUUGAAUGUAUUUUAAGUGUCAUCUGUUAUUUUUAUUACACCGGUUAUCAUUUAAAUUUUAAGUUAGCACUGCGUGCAAGAUAAAAAUAUUCAGCCAAAUUCUUUUUGUCAUUGUUGUUACAGGAUGAGAAGCAACAUUUUUUCAUCAAUAAUGUGAGACUUCCAAAUGCAGAAGACUAUCAUGGUGAGUGGGACAUUUGCUGAUGAGAAAGGCACUUGGAGUUUGCUGAUGUUCAAUGAUAGGCCGUUCAUUUGUUUAAAAAAAAGUAUAACUCUGCGAUGAUAACUAUUUGAAUUACUAAUUUAUACACUGGUUGAACAUUAUUUCAAUUUGGUGUCUUUAAGUUGUCAUGAGAAUUCAGCUUAUUUUCAUCCUUAGAAAGCUCGCUCCUUGCAAAAAAAAAGGGUAAUUCCCUUCACUAGAUUUUACUAAAUACUGGAAGAUGAUUGUUCUUUUCACAAUCUACAUUGUAUAUAAUAAUAAUAAAGUUCAUUUAAAAAAACACGCUUCAUCCCCAAAGGCUCGAAGCGCGGUACAAAGUCAACAAAAAAACAUAUCUAUAAUUCACCACAUUUAAAACAAACACAACACUACAAAAACUAAUUACAAGCAUACAAUAUCAAAGUCUUUCUAGCCAUUUCAACCCGGAGCAACACAGCAACACAUGGAAAAUAAGGUAGACAAUCAUCCCAGAAGGUAUUUGCGAAAUAGAUGUGUCUUUAGAUCUGUUUUAAAGGACUCCAGUGUUAUAUACAUAAGUUAACCCCUUAAUUUAAUCUUAAAAAAUAAAAAGCUUGCAUGACCUGGGACAACAAGAACCAUCACAGCCGGCCACAUCUAUAUAGUGUUAAUAAGAAAUAUCACAGCCGGCCACAUCUAUAUUAUAGUGAUAACAAGAACCAUUACAAAUAGUGACACCAAUUUAGUUUCAAAGUUUAAAAAGUGUUUUUCAACUUUUAAAAAAAUACAUUGUAAUGUUACAGUUUUAUAGUUAUCAAAUGACAAGAAACUGAGCAGUCUAACACAAAGGAUCUUCUUGAACUUUGUAUGCAGCAAUUUUAUAUUCCAAUCUAGUUUGGCUUUCCAGCAAGAAAUUUCUUUGUUCUUUCAUUACAUCCUAGGUAUCUUUAUUAAAUCUACUACUAAAAGUGUCAUAAUAUCCUUAAAGUAUCAUUUGUUAAGUCCUCUUAAAUUUUUUUUUUUUCAUUAGGUUUUAUAUUAACAAAUGUAGAUAAAUGAUAAUAUAGAUUACUUAAUAAAGAUAACUGUUAAUUUAGGUAACAGAUAAUCCCUGAAAUAAUGUUUAUUAUUAUUAAAGUGGUCUUAUAUCCCAGUAACCCAGUCUAGGGCUAGGUAAGAAUGAGUCAGAAUAGUAGAGUUUGAAGAGAUGUGUCUUGAGGGCAGUAUUGAAGGCUUGGAUGGUCGGUAUAUUGCAAAUGUGUAAUGGGAGCGAAUUCCAUUGUUUGGGGGCACAGAAAGAGAAAGAUCGUUCAUCGUAUGUUUUAGUGCGUGUCUUGGGAACAGAAAGAAUAUGCGUGUCUGCAAAGGAACAGAAUAGACAGAAAGAAGUUCAGUAAGAUAGGACAUCUGUAAAAAGGUAAAAAUUGGCUUUUUUAUUCUUUGUCCAAUGAUAAAUUUAUGAUGGUAAAAAUGAGACAAUUACAAAUUAAAAACAUCAAUCCAAACUUUUUCAUCAUCUCAGGACAAGAUGAAGUUCGCUUGUCUGUUGCCCUUGGUUUCACAUGUCACCUGACGCAGAUGGUCUCUCACUUUAUGGACAUGCCCCUGCGGUAUCCCAUGGUGCACAGAGGCUCCCGUUCCUCAAUUUUAGACCAUAUUCACAGCAAACUUACAGAAAAAGAUAGAGAGUAAGUCACAGAGUAAGAAUUCAUCAUGAUUAAAAAAAAAGAAAUCUUUAUAACAAAUGGAAUACCUUACAUAAAUAAGAAGUAGCAGAAAUUUUAAUGUGUUACCGCAUUACCCGGAAACUUUGGAGGAAAACCUGAAAAAGACGGAAACAAAACAACAAAUGUGUGGGCCACAAGCCUUUGUCAGCAAACAGUACUAAGAAUGAAUAUCAAAUGUAAAAAAAACAUUUUAGCUGAUAUAUAGUAUCUCAGAGGAUGAAAGACUAUCCUUUUAUAUUUAUUUUAGCUGAUAUGUAUGUAGUAUCUCAGAGAACUGCAAGAGGAUGAAAGAGUAUCAUUUUAUUUUUAUAUUACAUUGGUUAUUCUUUCUAUUGUUAGCUGAUAUGUAUGUAGUAUCUCAGAGAACUGCAAGAGGAUGAAAGAGUAUCAUUUUAUUUUUAUGUUACAUUUGUUGUUCUUUUCCCUGUUUGCUGACGAAGGCCUCGCAGUCUUGUGUCAUCCUUUUUCAGGUUUACCUUUGCCCUGUACUUUAUAUCUCCUAUCGGUUCAACUUGAACUGGGUCCUCCCCUCAUUCCAUGUUGCAUUAUGUUACGAUUGUUAUUCGAAAGGUGUGUUAGUGAGCCCCAGUGUAACACAGUAUAAUAUAACUAAUGUGAAUCAUCUGUAUCAAACUAUGUGGCUAUAAUCUGACUUGUUUUAGCACAUGCAUCAAAGCAUAUUUUGAAGUGUUAAUUUUGCUCGUACAAUUUAUACUUAGGAUGUCCGAUGUAUUUUUUCUACCCUUCUGUGACUUUCAGAUUUCCUUUGUACGGAAAGGGGAAGGAGAAAUUCCAGUAUAAUUAUGCUGUAUUUCUUCUCAACAAAAACAUUAGCCAGGUAAACAAAGCUCUAUAAAUAAAAAAACUCUUUUCUGUUUCACCCCGAUUUUAUAUGUAUUUAUAGACCUUUUUGUAACACAGCAGGUUUCUUACUUCAUUUCUCUGUCCUGGUCCAGCGCAUUAGGAAACUAUUCGGAAACAAUUUAAAAAAAUAAAAAAUUGCAUAAAAUUAUUAAGUGGAGAUCACGGGUUAGUUGUGAUGAGAAAAGUAAAGGGCCAUGGCCCUGUACAAGUGAAGAACCAAAUGAAAAGAAAACAAAUCUUUAAGUUUUAUAAAUAUGAUUUAAAUUUUUUGCCUUACAAAUUUUAUAAUAUACAUUCAUUAUUCAUAUCUUUUAACUGCUAAAGAAGGCGAUGUUUUGACUUUUUUAAAACACUUUAUAUCCAAAUUGCAUACAUAGGAGAAACAUAAAACGUUGAAAAAAGAAGGCUACAAAAACUCAAUCAAUUUUUCAAGUCGGACGAUAUUGAUUUCCCAUUAUUAAUUUAAAUACAGGAAUCUGUACUACUGCAGGUAGCAUAAUUAAUUGAGGAAUUAUGUUUAAUGGAUCUAAAUUGCAUUCCAUUCAUCAUCUGAAUCCCAUUUUUAACAAAAUUGCUAUCGAUCAGUGUAAAAAACUGAAAAUUUCAUGAAAACCUGACUUAAAACAAGCUAAUUUCAUUUAAAAUUUGUGAUCUACCAAUUUAUGAAUAGAGUAAACAUGUUAUGAUGGGCAUGCAUACAGUGGGGGUGCACAGAGAAAAGGAGAUUAAACUUUUCUUAUUGCUAUGUUAUAUGUACGCAGUUUGGCGAUGUGUGGAUAAAAGGGUUAAAAUCAGUUUUAACCGCUUGGCAUCACAUCGAUAUAAAGUAUUAAUAAAACUUCACAAUUUUAAACUAAUACUUUGUAUCUUUUAAUCUUCUUGAGCUUUACCACAGUAAUCUUCUAAUUUCUCAUGUUUCAGCUGCGUUUCUACUGCGGCCUAGGGACCAAUGAUCUCAGGCAGACCCUGCCUAACCUGAAGUCUUUGCUGGAACAGAGACUAGGAGUCAGAUCGUAAGUCUCAGACAAGAUCCAUUUUUUUUUUCAAAUAAAGCUUGUCUCCUAAUUAGCCUUACACCAAGAGAUAUUUCUAUAUUAUUAGAAAAAUGCUACCACUACCAGAAAAACCAGAACUUCUUUAAUUUUUAAAAUUUUAAAACAAACAUAAUUUCAAAAAUAAGACUUUGGUGAGAAGAUAGUUAAUGAAAUAUAAGAACAAGGUAUGCUAAACUUGAAUUCACAGACAGGACAAAAGGUGUGGAUGUUUCGGCAUAGAGCCUUCAUCAUCAAACAAAACAAAUAGAAGUAGAAGUAGAACAAGUAAACAGAGCACAGUAAAAAACUUUUGAAAAAACUUUAGAGAUAUCCUUUUGUUGCCACCUCGGCACUCACAUCUUUUAACUGCUAAAGAAGGCGAUGUUUUUACUUUUUUUAACACUUUAUAUCCACAUUGCAUAAUAGGAGAAAAAUAACACCUUGAAAAGAUAAGGUUACAAAAGCUCAAUCACUUUUUCAAGACCGGACGAUAUUGAUUUCCCAUUGUUAAUUUAAAUACAGGAAUCUCUAAAGUUUUUAAAAAAUAAGCCUUAAAAUAAUGUAUAUAAACUGAUUUUUUUGAUAUUUAAAAAAUUAAGCAAAUUUUGUGGAAAAUGCGCAUCUCAGAAAUUUUGUGUGUGUUCAGAUUCAGGUAAUAAAUACCAUUGAAGGUAAUGAGAUCCUUGUGUUGACAUCAAAAGCAGACACAAAUAUAAGUGACUUAUUAUCUCACAUGUGCUACGGUCUAUUUAAUUACCACAUCCCUUUUUAAGAAUUUUGAGUUAAUUUACAUUUUCUUGCUAUCCUUCAGGAGUAUUUCAUCUGAGCAGAAAGGCAGUGCCACAAACACCUUACAGUCCCCACCCCCGACCAGCAUCGGGGAGUCACAUGCUAGCAGGAGGAGCCAGAUGGCCUCUAGUAAUGCCUCUAGUUACACCAGAAGGGAUUUGGUCUCUGAGAUUGAACCCUCGGAGACUGGUGGUAAAUCUACCAGUGGGGGUGACGGGGAGUUUGUCACCGAGAGCUUUGCAGGGACAGGGCCUAAUUUCAAACCUAGUCAAGAGGAGAUAUUAUCAAGACAUUCAGUGGCCGAGCCCAAAGCUCGCCUUUCUCAAGGUGUCGAGGCGGCAGAGUUUCAGGGUAGCCAUUCCAAGGAUUACAAUGGAUAUUCCAAAUCAGGUUGUUUGCCUCAUUUUGAAACAAAUUCCCAUCCAAAUGGGAAAUCUAAAGAUUCAUGUCAUUCCGAGGGGGCUAUUGAAGAAGAGGAUGAGACGGAGGAACUCUUCAAGCCCUCAGAUGAUCACUUUUUUCGUGUGAUAAACCAGCCAGUUGUUCAAGAGUUUAACAAAUUGUUAAGUGAGGCAAAGAGCGACAGUGAUAUUCUUUCCAACAGUUUUGGCACAGGCAUCGCCAGCAACGGUGAUAUUCCAUCAUUGGAUAAACUCCACGACAGUGGCACCCAAAGCUUUAAAAUGUUCAGGAGCCCAGCAUCUCCUGUGGAGACAUCACCGUCUCCUAACGACUUGCCCCCAAAUGAGUUGCAAGGUGUCAAAAACUCUGUUCCCCGCCAGGUUUAUCCCAUUCCUGGCAGCCGAUCACAGCGAGAAAGCAAUGAGGUUGAUGCUGCUUUAUACUAUCAAAGCUCUUCUUAUGAUGACUCUGAGUUGUCUGAGUCUCAGGACAAGCAUGGGAAUUCCAACAAUGUGCUAUAAAUACCUUGACAUUUGUACACAAUCCCGGCCAGUUUAUUAGGCUGAUGUUAAUUGAGAUUAAUUGUAUUUAUUAUUAAUUGAUCAUGUAUGUUUAUUGUUUUACGCAUUUCCUAAAAAUGGUUACCGGUACUCUACUGAAAAGGUCUUCAAAUUUGUUGGUUGAAUUUACCACCACCAUCCCUUCUAAUACUUCUAUAUUCCAACCAGGCUGGCAAAGGAAAAUAUCUUAAGUUACUAAAAAAUAAAUAUUUUACUUUAAUUUUAUAAAGACCUCUGCUUAAUGGUUUAGCUUCAUCUUUUGAGGGUACUAGGUAGUAUUCGCUAUAUUGGAAAAAUUGUGCAUGUUGCUUUGUUAUCAUGGUGAGUUUAAAUACUCUGAUUCUGUUAACUGUUAAUAGUGUUAAACAAUAUGUUUUAGUGAUAAGCUUGUUGGUAUGAACUUCAUUUAACCCACGAACUGUGGUCAGCCGAAAAAAAUCUGCUGACAUUCUCAAUCUGUACUGUGGCGGCCGAAAAAAUAGGCUGAUAAAAAACACGGUCCGAUUAGCAACUUCUAAUCCAAUAUUUAACCGGAAUUAUAGCCACUUCCUUUUAUUAAUAAUUAAAUCAUCUUCCGGUGCAAGCUAUUUCUUGAUAACUUAUAAUAAAUAAGUCCUUUUUAAUCAGAGUUUUAUAUCGCUGUUUUCUUUUAAAGCUAAAAUGGUUCAAGCUAUGGCUGGGCCUUCAGUGUAAGAACUAAUAGAAAUAUGUUUGAAAGCUUUUUAGGAGAGGUUUUAAGUGAUACUGAUGAUGAUUUUAACAUUCCCCAUGACGAUAUCAGUUGAGAUUAAUCUUUUUGUAAAUUUUAUACUAGUCUUAGUGAUACUGAGGUAGACCUUCUGAGGCUACUGUUAGACUUUGAGCCAGGCCCGUAGGUUGGGCAAGGACUGACUGAAUUUUAGUCACAGAAGCUACAGAUUAUAGUUCAGAACUAAUAAAUUUUAUAGUUAAACAACCCAAAUCAGUUCCACAGUUCCUUUUUAAAUGUUUACUAGUCAAUAAUAACUAUUUUGCCUGAGAUUUUGUAUUUUGUACUUGGUUUUAGCAGUGGUCCAAGUUUCUAAUAUAAAUGACCUAAAAUUACUAAAUUGCUUACAGACAUUUAUUUGCAAUAAAAACCUUAGCAAACUAUACAUUUUCUGAAAGAUAAAUGAAUUGGCUACAUCAUUUAGAUUUGUGUUUUAAGUGUAUCUAUAAAAAUUAAUGAUGUUAUGAGCCCUUGAAAGCAAGACAUUUUGUCAUUUUGUUUUUCUUGAGAACUCCAAGGUCAAGGACACUGAGCAAAAUUUUUUUUACAGGGUGGGCAAUGUGGCCAACUUUAUCCCCAUCCCUUUACCUUUCUAAAAAUAUAUAAUUAUUGGGGUCUUAUAUCAAUAUUUCUAUGUCAUUUAAUGCAAUUUCAAAAGGCACUCAAAAAGCUCUGAAAAGCUCCACACCAUAGAAUGAUGUAUGCCACAGUUCGUGGGUUAAGGAUGAUGUAGUUGUCUCUUAAAAAUACUUAAGUUUUGGUAAGAGCAAGUAAUUAUUCAGUACCUGUACGUAAAAGAACAGGUCUACUUUACUGUUGAAAGUGAAAGAAUAAACUGUUUUAUCUCAGCUAACUUUCCAUGCCAUAUCUAAAAAAAAAAUUUAAAUAACCAUUUCUAAAGAAAAUAAUCAAGUGUUGAUUUUUUACCCUAACUUGCAAGUGUUUGACAUAUUAUAAGGCAUACUGCAUAAUUGUAGUUUACCAUGAUAAUAAGUGGCGUAGCUAGGGUUAGGCAGGCUUUCCCCUUUCCAUGAAGAAAUCUGUGCAGUCUCCCAAAAAUACAGCCCCUCCUUAUAAAGAAAAAAAGUGCUGCUCAUGCUGGACUGUCACCACUCUUCCUACGCCACUGAAGAUACUGUUAUAGAUUUUACUGUCAUCUUGCCACAGGGUCAACUGUUUGCAUUCCUUCUCAUGUAGUGCUGUCUCGAUGGAUGUGAUGGACAGUUGUCCAGGCGCCACUUGAGCAUUCUCAUCUGUGUAUUGUGACCCACUGUCAUUAACCAGCUUCAAGUCAUAUAUCAUAAAGUAUAAAGGCUCUCACUGCUGAUUUAGCUCUAUUAUGUUUUAAUCAUGAUGUUCUAAUUCAGGCUGUAAAUCUUGAUUAUAACUAUAUGUUUUCAAUUUUGACUCUACCUUACUAUGCCAUACUCCUGUCACACACUCCAUUUCUUCCCCCCCCCCCAUUUUUUUCUUGCAAUAAGUAAGAAUACAAUUUUCAUUAAAUCACAAAAAUACAAAGUUGAUAAAGAAGUGGAUGCUCCUAAAGAAAAUUCCCUCUAUCCUACUUUGCCCUUGGAGGUCUAUUAAGGUGUGUGUGUGUGUGGGGGGGGGGGGUUUAGACGGGAGCAGGUGUAUUCCUGAUUAAAAGUCCAGCAGUUCCUAAUUGCUAUAUCUCUUUAGAUUUGAAAAGUCCAAACGGGUGUACUAUCUGUUCACUUUUAUGCUCUUAAUUUCCUUAAUGCUGGUCAGGGAAUAAAUCAAGUCUUGCUCUCAGUCUCACUAUAUUAACUAUCUAGUCUAGCUAGAAGCGCUAAAUUCUUUGGGUCGUCAUGUCCUAAAUAAUUGAAGAGUAAAUAAUUGGGUUCAGUUUUUUCAAGAAAACAAGUAUUUCUCAUGGUGAGUUGGUUUUGAUUGUUAAACUACCAUUGGUUUUAGUGAAUUGGUUACAUCCAAAGAAUAUCAAUUAGUUUUUAUUGCCAAGUUAAUGUUGACUUUGUUUAUGUUCAAAAUAGUUCAAAUAAAGUUAUUUGUAAAUUGUAUAAACUGCAAAUAUAAGCCAUUAAACAAUUUAUUAUGUACCC